AUGUCCGACGCAAAGAAGCUAUCGAAAAAGGAGAAAAAGUCGCUUCAGUUCCGUAAAUCAAAAGAUGAAAGAGAAGCUGAUAAACAAUCAAAACAAGAAUCCAAGAAACGUAAACUCGAAGAACUUGAAUCAUCCAAUGAUGCUUCAUCUACCAAGGACAGCUCCACAGAAGAUCAACAACUUAAAAAGAAAAGAAAGACGAGAAGAGGCAAAAAGGGCAAAGGUGUAAAUGAUGGCAAAGGUCCACGAUUUAUUCUUUUCGUUGGUAAUUUACCUUACGAUAUACAACAAGCAGAAUUGAUUGCUCAUUUCCACAAUAGCAACCCCGAUAGAAUAAGGGUACGUGCCGAUAAAGGUAUUGCGUUUUUGGAAUUUGAUAAUGACACACAAGAAAUUCAAAGCAAAAUGGAGUUGGCCUUACGAAUGCACCAUCUGGAGUUGAGGAAUCGGAAAAUCAAUGUUGAAUUGACAGUUGGCGGUGGCGGUAAUUCGGAAACUAGGAAACUCAAAUUGAAGGAAAAGAAUGAAAAAAAGGAUGAAAGACAGAAAAAGAGGAUAGAGGAGGACAAGAAAAAGAAAAGUGGUAAAACUUCUGCUAGUGAUUUAAGUGGUGUGCAUCCUUCUCGAGCAGCAUUGAUGCAAUAG